CCUACACCUUCAAAUCGAAACACGUACCACACUUCACUCUCUUCCUUUGCUACGCGUCUGGCUUGUUCCCUAUGGCAAUGCAUCACAAGCUCGCCGUGAUCCUCGAUCACCCUCAAAACGACGCCGCAUUCCUCCUCGUGAAGCAGACGCGCCCUCCCAAAUUCGACGACGAGGAGUACGAUUCCUUCGUCGAUUCCGACCUCUGGGACUUGCCCUCCGCGCAAUUAAACCUUCUAGAACCACAAUCCCGGCCCUCAAUCGCAGUUCACGGCGCCGAGUCGUGGUCAAACAAGAUAGAGUUGACCAAAUUUGACCUGGAUUCCGCUCUCAAUCAGAUUUUGGAGCAAGUAGGGUUUAAGGCCGAUGAUGCUGGAGAGUGGAGGUUGUGGAAGUAUGUGGAGGAAGCUCAGUUUGGGCCUGGACCGCCUAUCGAUUCGGUGUUUGUUAGGGGAAAAUUGGUGGCUGCUCAUCGAAAUUUACAAGAGACGUGUAAGUGGAUGUCUGUCGAGAGCUGUCUAAGCUGGCUUCAGGAAGUGAAACCGAGGAGUGAGCGUGUGGGGCAUUUGAUAGUUGCUGGCCUUGAAAAUGAGUUUGCGCAAACAAGAGAAUUGAAGAUUCCGUUGAGCUUACCUUACCAGGAGUACCCUCCUGGUGUUGUGCUUGUGCCUAUGGGAAGCAGGACAGGAAAACCUUUUCGCACAACAAACUUGGUUGUUUUCGCACCUAAAAAUGUUCUGAAUGAUUGUCGAGAGGAUGGUUUUAUUGCGUGUGGAGAUGCUUUGAUAGUGGAUCCUGGGUGUCAAUCCAAAUUCCAUGAAGAGCUCAGACAAAUUGUAGCUGCUUUGCCAAGAAAAUUAAUUGUCUUUGUUACUCAUCACCAUCAUGAUCAUGUGGACGGUCUCUCAGUUAUUCAACGUUGCAAUCCAGAGGCUACAUUAUUAGCACAUGAAAACACUAUGCGACGCAUUAGAAAAGAUGACUGGUCUCUCGGCUUUACUGCAAUUUCUGGCACUGAAGAAAUUUGCAUUGGUGGUCAGCGGUUGACUGCAAUUUUCUCUCCGGGACAUACAGAUGGCCAUAUGGGGCUGCUUCAUGCCAGUACUCACUCCUUGAUUGUUGGUGAUCAUUGUGUGGGUCAAGGUAGUGCUAUACUGGAUGUUACUUCCGGUGGAAAUAUGACUGAUUACUUUCAAUCUACAUUCAAAUUUAUGGAGAUUUCCCCUCAUGCUUUGAUCCCCAUGCAUGGGAGAGUUAACCUAUGGCCUAACCACAUGCUUUGUGGAUAUCUCAGGAAUCGCAGAGGCAGAGAAAGUUCCAUCUUGAAAGCGAUAGAAAAUGGAGCAGAAACAUUAUUUGACAUAGUUGCAAAUGUAUAUUGUGAUGUUGAUCGUAGCUAUUGGGUUCCUGCUGCGUCAAAUGUGAGGCUUCAUGUGGAUCAUCUAGCCCAGCAAGAUAAGUUGCCAAAGGCAUUUUCGAUCCAGAAGUUUCAGAAAACAUGUAGACUGCAUUUCUUCUCUCGAUGGAUGUGGGCUUACCUCAGUAACGGUGUCCUCGUAAAUUGUUUGAAGCCAAGAAUAUCUCAUCUUCUUGUUGGCGUUGUAGCUAGCUCAGCUGUGUUAUACAUGUUUAAAAGACGGGAUUAGUUCCAUGUAAGAUCCUUUUGUGAUUUUUUUAAAGUAAUUGCUAGAAACCGACCACAAUAGUGUGUUUAUAACUGAUGCUUAGGAUACGAUCAUAAUCGAUACUACAGUUAAAUAAUCAACUGUUAAAGUUCCGCUGAUGAAAAAGUUCAGAAUGUGUACUUUAUUUUGUUUUCUUAUUGUUAGAUAUAAUGUAACUUCGAUAUGUAGCACAUGAUAUUU